AUGGGAGAUGGACGGAUGUAUGAGGCAUUAUCGGUCGGCCUCGUGAGAGUCGUUGGCGCUCUAGCACCGAUCUGGCAGUCCGGAGGAGUCCGACCACCACAGGACCACUGCCAGCAGGCAGUCGUCGUCAACGCUUUCAACCCGGGAUCAUUUCAAACCAAGUUGCCGGAUAUGAUGCAUCUUCCAGAGGUGCUAGAUUCAGCAAUGAUCUAUUCCGGGACCUUUGUUCCACGAUCGAGUAUGGACGGGGCUGCCUUCGAUCGCAUCUUCUAUUCACGCUCACCCAUCGGCUAUUUGGCCAGCAGUCCAGCACUGGAGCCUGCGGUGGCCUCAGGUUCUGAUCUUUCAUGCACGGGCAACCCGGCUUCUCUCAAGUUGGUCCAAGAGAAAAUGGAGUCCAGCCGCGUGGGGAAAUACUUCGAUUUGACAAUUUUAUAG